AUGUUAACGUACAAAAAGCUUGAUACCUCAAAAGAUCAGAUACGAUUAAUUCGUUUCUUGCGGAAUGGAAAUACUCCUCUUGAAUUCUCCUUAGAAACCGUCUCCAAGGAUGACAAGAUUGAGUAUUACUGCCUAUCCUACACGUGGGGAGACUCAACGACAACAUGGCCCAUUAUUGUCGAUGAUGCCAGAGUUUCCGUUACUGAGAAUCUCGGGAUGGCCCUGCAGAGAAUAAAUGACGAAGAAUGUGUCCAUCUGCUCUGGGUAGACGCACUUUGUAUCAACCAGCAGGAUAACAUCGAGAAGCGGCAGCAACUACCCUUAAUGGGAGGGAUCUACAGUAACGCUUUGGCCGUGUUUGCAUGGAUUGGCGCUGAAACUGCUUCGUCAGGAGAUGUUAUAGAAGAAAUCGUCAGAGUUGGAGAUAUUUUCGUCAUGGACCUGUUGCGAGGCAUCUUAUCCCCGGCAUCCGAGGUUGAGGUUGCCAUGGCGGCGCCAAUGCUCAAGUCACAUAGCUUCUUGGUACGCACUUUGCUUCCACUAGCAGGUGGCAUCGUCGGCCGAUGGGUGCCACGGCCGUUUGAGAAGAUUGGAUGGACGUCUCCAGAUAAACUUCCAACUGUUGAAGCAUUCACUGAGUUCUUUUCCCGCCCUUACUGGAAGAGAACAUGGGUUGUGCAAGAGUUAGCGACAGCACGUGAAGUAUAUAUGCUCUGUGGAUGCAAAAGAGAACCACUAUGGACACUACUCGCCUGGGUUUACCACAUGGUACUUAUAGCAGCUUUGGGAGUCACUGAAGAAAUGGGCAUAUUUGAAUGGCUCCUUUCCGUUGCGACUUCAGGUCUGAAGGCUCUUGAAUUUUUGCGUGCAAUCUCUGUACACGACCCGAGAAAGGGUUUGGAGAUUCUGGACCUUAUCCAGGAAUGUGGUCAAAUGGAGGUGUCUGUUCCCCAGGACCGAGUUUUUGCCCUGUUGGGACUUGUGACAGAUGACGCCAAAGUUGGGGUAGAGGUUGACUAUUCCGUCCCUCUCCAGGUACACUUGGAAAGAGUUACAAAAAAUUUCUUUUUGCGUCGCGGUAUUAAGCUUGGCUGGUUGAAUACUAGCCGGCACCCAUGGGCAUCUGGCAGUCCAACUUGGGUUGCUCUGCCGUCAACCAAUGUAGGGAACGAUUUCUCAAGGAUGAAGGCUCUUUUUUACCGUAAAGAAACUGGUAGGUCAUUGACGCAAAGUGAAAGUACGGCGAGCAGCUUUCAGGCUCAUGGGAAUACGCUACCCACUGUAUCUCGAGCUGCUUUCCCUGCUCCGGGAGUUUUCAGAGCAGCGUGCUAUUCGAUCGGAGAAUUCGCUCGUAGCGAGCCUUUACUUCGAUUCAGAGAUGGCGCGGAAAUAAAAAGAGCAGUUCGUCAAGUCUUGGGCGCGGCAUCUCUCAUGGAUGUGAGCCCUUUCCUAGGGGCGGCGUUUAUGUUGAAAAACCUGAAUUCCUUUGUCAACUCUGCCAACCUAGUCACCAACUCAGCUUGGGUUGCUAACGAUCAGCACGACUAUCCUCUAUGGUGGCUCUUGAUCCGACAUGCCAAGCCAUGUCCUGAUGAUCCCGGGAGCACUCUCCAAACCGCCAUGUGGCAGACCGGCUUCCAAAAGCUACAGAAAUAUUUGGAUGACAGAGUCGAGGGCGGAAUAAUUCCAAAAACUGGUCCUACGGAUGACAUGACGUGGCAGCAGCUGGCUGAGCUGUCUCAGGAGGAAUCCUUGUACGCAAGAUGUGCCACAUGGUCGUUUUUUGUAUACGACAAUAUAUCAAUGUCGGUAUUCCGGACCUCUAAUGGGUAUCUCGGAAUUUAUAAAGGAGUCAUGGAAACAGGGGAUCGCCUGAUCAUCCUUCCAGGAGUGAAUUUACCCCAUGUUGUGCGACCUAUCGGGCCGGAUCGCUACACUAUACUGGCAGAAGCGUAUGUCCUUGGGAUUAUGCAUGGCGAGUUCUUUGAUACUAUUCCCACGCCUGAACCCACGUGGAUGGAAUUCCAUUGA